UUGUUAACUUUUCUUCCAUUUAUUUUCUUGAUGUGCAUAUUUUCCCCUAAAAGACUGCCCCAUUCCAUAAAUUUAAAGAAUGAAAGAAAAUCGCUUCCCCCUGAAUUACUUCCAGAAAUUGUAAAAUUUUUACCCUUAAAUUUAAAAUGGUCAAAACAAAGAGUUUCUCUUAGUUUUGACAUUUUUUUAUUUAAAACACAAAACCAAUGGAUUAGUAUUUUAAAACUUCUUGAUCAUUUAAAAAAACUCUUCACCUUGACUGACAAACGUAUGGACGCCUUACAUAAGAACAUUCCAAAAAUUGGAAAUGAUCUUGGUGAUCUUGUUCAUGUUAGUGCUCAAGUUGCCUCGUGUUUGCAAAUGGUUGGAAUGUAUUUUUAUGUGAAUCCUGGGUUUUCAUCUAGUCUUAAAAAAGUUCUCGAUGGAUGGUUUAAAAUUAAGAGAGACAAAGAUAUUCUUUCGGAGAUGAGCACUGCCUCAUCGCACAUUGUCAAAGUCAAAGAAAUUAUCAAUCUUUUAGAGGGUGUUGUUAAUGAGGAAAUGUUUUUGGCCAUUAAGGAAUUAAAUGGUGGAUUUUGGGAGGAAUGUGUGAAGGAAAUGGAGUCGAUGCUUGUUGCGACCGAGCCUUUUGCUUAAAUAUAAUAUUUGGAGUUAAAAUUGUUGAGAAUUGGUUAAGAAAUAAAUUUAAAAAUUUUCUCAUGGAAUUUAAGUAAUU